UUUAUAAAUGCUACUCAGAACACCUAUCAAGAUGUGCAUCUUGAGCACAAACACGGUUUAUCACAGCUCGGCGAUUUCCAAUAUCAGUCCAUGAAAAAUAUUGCCGAGGUUGAUAUUCUGCCUGUGGUGUUAGUUCUGUCUUGUACACAAUGCCGUCAAUUUGGGUAUAAAGAUGAGAACAUUAUCCUUCUCAAACAACUUCCAUUCUCUAAACACAUCGCCAUCAAUUACAAAUCUUCUCAAUCUUCUAAAAAAUUACUACAUUUGACAAAAUGAAGUUCACCGGAGCUAUCGUUUCCAUCUUAGCUACUAGCCUUGCUGCAACGGUACCAGUCUACAACGCCACUGCCGUUGCUCUAGCUUUCAAUGAAGCAGCUAAGGCGCAUUCGACCACCCAUGGUGGCUGCCCUGGCGAUGGUGGCGCAAACGGCAAUUUCUUUGAAACCAUCACAGACACUAUCACUGCCAUUGGUGGUGUUGGUGGUGAAUGGGUCGAAUUUGUCGGAUCCAUUCUAAAUGGCCAUGGUGGCGAUCACUAUGUCAACAAGCAGUAGUUGGAUGCUACUGCAUGACUGGAAAUCUGAAAUGUGAAACUUCAAAGAAAUCUUUCGGAACUAGGAGAGAUCGGAGCCUGUCAAAUUACAACCCUCUAGGUAGUUUAAAUUCAGAGAAUACUUUCCAGCGCCUGUGGAACAUACACUCAAGGGCC